ACAACAGAUGACAGACAGUGAGCAAGCAGAGUUGGAAAAUCUUUCGGGCAGGGCAGGGCAGGUCUGGACUGGACUGGAUUGGAUUGGAUUGGAUGGAGCACCAAUUCAAAUUGAAUUGGUCGUUUGUUUGACAGCCGCAUGAUCUCUAAUCUAAUAAUCUCAUUUAUGUAUGUAUGCAUGUAUGAAAUGGAAGACCAAAACCUAAGCACGCGUGUUUCAGUAUCGCACGAGCGAAUAGGGAGCCACACCUCUCCUCUUCCUUCCUGCCAAGGGAUUUUGAUUCUUCCUCUUCCCCCUGAUCGGCCAACUUUCUUCUCUCUCUCUCUCUCUCUCUCUCUCUCUCUCUUUAUGUCCCCGUCGUCGACUUGCUGAUCUCCGCCGCCGAGAGAAGGAUCGUUUGGGUUUCUAGGGUUUACGUUUGCGCUCGGUUUCUCUCUCUGUGUUCGGUGUUCAUACGAUGGCUGCACCGCCGGCGAGGGCUCGUGCCGAUUAUGAUUACCUAAUAAAGCUCCUCCUCAUCGGUGAUAGCGGUGUGGGGAAGAGUUGUCUGCUUCUGCGUUUCUCAGAUGGUUCCUUUACAACAAGUUUCAUUACUACCAUUGGAAUUGAUUUCAAGAUAAGAACAAUUGAGCUUGAUGGCAAACGGAUUAAAUUGCAAAUUUGGGAUACAGCUGGUCAGGAACGAUUUCGUACUAUCACAACAGCUUACUAUCGAGGAGCCAUGGGCAUCUUGCUGGUAUAUGAUGUCACCGAUGAAUCAUCCUUCAACAACAUUAGGAAUUGGAUUCGCAACAUUGAGCAGCAUGCCUCUGAUAAUGUCAACAAGAUACUGGUGGGGAACAAGGCUGACAUGGAUGAAAGCAAAAGGGCUGUUCCUACCUCCAAGGGUCAAGCUCUAGCUGACGAGUACGCUAUUAAGUUCUUUGAAACAAGUGCAAAGACAAAUAUGAAUGUGGAGGAGGUUUUCUUUUCGAUAGCGAAGGACAUCAAGCAGAGGCUGGCAGAAACCGAUUCCAAGGCUGAGCCUCAGACUAUCAGGAUUAACCAGCCGGACAAGGCGGCCGGUGACGGCCAAGCCCCCCAAAAAUCUGCUUGCUGUGGUUCCUAAUUGGGAAUCAGAUGAUGGGAAUUUUGUGCAAGGGACGGGCACUGCUUGAGGGUGUAAAACUAAAAUGCGAUGACAAAAUGGUCAUCCAUGUAUCUAUUCCCCCAUCUAUACACUUUCCCAGUUACUCUGCUAGGUUUUGAUGUGAUAAGAAGAUGUUUCCCGCAUGAAGAAUUAGGGUUUUUUUUUUUCUUAAUACUCUUCGAUGUCUCGUCAUCUUUACCAUUUAACUAACUCUUUGUUCUUCUUUUGUUUCCUUCCAUUUCGCUUAUUGCCCAAGGAUUAUGUAUUAUGCAACCAUUAAGUAUGAUUUCUCCAUUUUCUA